UAAGUGCCGACAGUUUUCUGGGGUUUCAGGCGCAGCUGCUUCCCAUAUGACAAAAUAGUCGACAACAAUCGUGUCCGCCAGUUCACCAUACAUUUCGAGAAGUUACGGUUCACAAUCCGCAGAUCUUGUGAACGAGAUAUAUAUUUACACCAGGGUUAAGAAAGUAAUGGAUGGAGGGAUUCAUAUGCUAAAUCAAACACAACCCGUCCGCGGAAGAGGAAAGAAUAGAACUAAAUUAAUAAAUGCUAUGUGUGAAAGGAUGCCUUUGGGAGAAGCAGCAAAACUAGUCAGUGAGGAAAUGUCUUCAUUUCCUGGGAAAACUCCAGUUUCUGUUCUUCAAGAACUAUUAUCUCGACGGGGUAUAACGCCCAAGUAUGAACUAGUGCAAAUUGAGGGUGCUAUUCAUGAACCAAUAUUUCGUUACCGAGUUUUCAUCAAUAACGAAUUCAUUGCUACGGGCACUGGACGGUCGAAAAAAGAAGCAAAACAUGCAGCAGCUAAGAAUUUAUUAGAUGUACUUGUUGGCAAGCAAACCAAUGAGCAAGCUAAUGAUACCAAUGGUACACCAGCAUUGCCAGUGGAAAUACCUAAUACUGUUGUAUCACCAUAUGACGAUAAAGUAAUGGGAAAUCCUAUUGGUUGGUUGCAAGAAAUGUGCAUGUCGCGCCGUUGGCCUCCUCCUUUUUAUGACAUGGAACACGAGGAAGGACUGCCUCAUGAGCGCCAAUUCACCAUUGCCUGCAGUGUUCUGAAGUACAAAGAAAUUGGUACAGGCAAAUCGAAAAAGUUAGCAAAGCGUAUGGCUGCGCAUAAGAUGUGGCAGGCGUUACAUGAUCUCCCAGUUGAAGGUGCCGCUGUUCAGUCUGCCGAUGAGGACGAAGAAUUGACGACGCGAAUGGCAAACUUGCAAACACGAUACUCUGGACUGAAAGAUAGUAAAAUAAACACGCUUUUGCCCAAUAAUAAUCAUUCACAAAAAAUAUCUCAUUUUCACAAGUACUUAAGAAAAGCAACCGGUGCAAAAAUAAGUGAAUUACAGUGUGUGGCAAUUAAUACCAAAGAGUUCAGUUCCGUGCAGUUUCUGCAAGAACUGGCGCAGGAGCAGAUGUUUGAGAUCACCUACGUGGACAUCGAAGAGAAGUCCGUGACGGGAAAAUAUCAAUGCUUAGUACAAAUCUCUACACUGCCUAUUGCCGUAUGCUUUGGCACCGGCAACACUCCGAAGGAAGCGCAGGUGGCGGGCGCACUUAACGCACUGGAAUAUUUGAAGCUGAUGACACGUAAAUGAAAUCUCAGGAAGACAGCCAGCGGUGUUGGCAACUGAAUCUGUCAUAUUGUUUUGCUACGCCGGCCGUUUUUCAAUCCGGCGGGCGGCGCAAAGCGAAUAGUUUAGGCUUAAUGUAUGCCACGGGCUGCAGACAGUCAGGGCAGGACGUUUGGCUAACAUGUAAGCACCUAUAACUUUCACUACAAGCUAUACUUUGCAUGGAAUUAGUGUUUUUUUCGAGGAGUUGCCAUGUGCAUUAUUUCUCAUAAUUUUUAAAGCCUAAAUAUUGGGUACAGAAACUGAUGGUUACCAUUUGUACUUGACUUGAAGGAACAAACAUUUAAUUUGAUUAUUAGGUGUUUUGGGUACUAGGUAGUGUUUAGAAAGUUUAGAUCAAAAGAAAACAGUUAAUUUUUAAGUUUGGAAGAAUUUUGUUCAGUGAUUAUUCAACACUAAUCUAUCUCAGAUUUUAUGUGCCCUCUACUAAAGGUUCAGGAAAAGGGCAUUUAUUUAAUGCAAAGUAUAGAGGUUGUAAUUUUGCAUUACUUUUAGUAAUUAACAUAUAUGUCAAUGGUACAAUACAAGCAGACUUUUUGAUUUCACAUUGGGAAAUAACACCACUUCUUUUCAAAUACAUUUUUAAAAUGAGUUUGUUGAUAUACAUUCUGGGGUUAAAUUAUGUACAAUGUAUCACAAGUUAUGACACUUAUUGAAGUUAUAUAUUGAUGUGUACGCUAAUUAAUAUAAUAAUAUGCAUUUA